AUAGUGAUUUUAUAGACAUUGCGGAAGAUGUGGCCACCUGGCGGGAAGAGGGAAAGACUAGGCGUGACGUCAGCCACUCCCCGCCAGUCGGUCCUUUUCGGCGUCUCCAGCAUACGCCGCCACUGUGCUGUUUACUGUGUCACCUUUACCACCAAACAUCCAAGAUGGUGAACUUCACAGUGGAAGAGAUCCGGGAGUUGAUGGACAAGAAGAAGAACAUCCGGAAUAUGUCCGUGAUUGCCCAUGUCGACCAUGGCAAGUCAACUCUGACCGACUCACUCGUGUCUAAAGCGGGUAUCAUUGCCUCCUCCCGGGCAGGCGAGACCCGCUUUACAGACACCAGAAAAGAUGAACAAGAGCGUUGCAUUACCAUCAAGUCAACUGCCAUUUCCAUGUACUUCAAGCUAGGUGACGAAAACGUAGAACUGAUUACCCACCCUGACCAGAGGGAAAAGGGCGAGACUGGUUUCCUCAUCAACCUGAUUGACUCCCCGGGCCACGUUGACUUCUCCUCUGAGGUGACUGCCGCCCUGCGUGUCACUGAUGGAGCCCUGGUGGUGGUGGACUGCGUCUCAGGUGUGUGUGUGCAGACGGAGACUGUGCUGCGCCAGGCUAUUGCUGAGCGCAUCAAGCCAGUACUGUUCAUGAACAAGAUGGACCGCGCUCUGCUCGAGCUUCAGCUAGAACAGGAGGAGCUCUACCAAACCUUCCAACGUAUUGUAGAGAAUGUGAAUGUGAUCAUCGCCACCUACAACGACGAUGCCGGACCCAUGGGUGAAAUGCGUGUUGACCCCAGCAAGGGCUCUGUUGGAUUUGGCUCUGGUCUCCACGGAUGGGCCUUCUCUGUCAAGGAGUUCGCCGACAUUUAUUCGUCCAUGUUCAAGGUUCCUGCUGGCAAGCUUAUGACCAAGCUGUGGGGAGAAAACUUCUUCAACAAGAAGACCAAGAAAUGGUCCACCACCAAAAGCUCAGACAACGAGCGUGCCUUCAACACCUACAUUCUUGACCCUAUUUUCAAGCUGUUUGAUGCCAUCAUGAAUUUCAAGAAAGAUGAGACCCAGAAGCUGUUGGACACACUUAAGAUCAAGCUCACGAGUGAAGACCGUGACAAGGAAGGAAAGCCUCUGCUCAAGGUAGUGAUGCGCACCUGGCUCCCAGCUGGGGACACACUCUUCCACAUGAUCACCAUCCAUCUGCCUUCCCCUGUAACUGCUCAGAAGUACCGUGCUGAGAUGCUGUAUGAAGGACCUAGCGACGACGUCUGCUGCACCGGCAUUAAGAACUGUGACGCCGAGGCUCCCCUCAUGAUGUACAUUUCCAAGAUGGUGCCUACCUCAGACAAGGGCCGCUUCUACGCCUUUGGCCGUGUCUUCUCCGGCAAGGUUGGCAGCGGCCAGAAGGUGCGCAUCAUGGGCCCCAACUUUGUCCCAGGAAAGAAAGAGGAUUUGUAUGAGAAGUCCAUCCAGAGGUCCAUUCUCAUGAUGGGUCGCUUUGUUGAGGCCAUUGAGGAUGUCCCAGCUGGUAACAUCUGCGGUCUUGUGGGUGUUGAUCAGUAUCUGGUUAAGACGGGCACCAUCACCACAAGCAAGGAUGCCCACAACAUGAAGGUGAUGAAGUUCAGCGUGUCACCUGUCGUGCGUGUUGCUGUCGAACCCAAGAACCCAUCUGACCUGCCCAAGCUGGUGGAAGGCUUGAAACGUCUCUCCAAGUCUGACCCUAUGGUUCAGUGUAUCAUCGAAGAGUCUGGAGAGCACAUUGUUGCUGGUGCUGGCGAGCUGCAUCUUGAGAUUUGCCUGAAGGAUCUGGAGGAAGACCAUGCCUGUGUCCCACUGAAGAAGACUGACCCAGUGGUGUCCUACCGUGAGACUGUAGGGGCUGAGUCAACUGAACUCUGCUUGUCCAAGUCCCCCAACAAGCACAACCGUCUGUACAUGAAGGCUGGACCCAUGCCCGAAGGUCUGGCUGAGGAUAUUGAAAAUGGCAAGGUUACCCCACGUGAUGACCCCAAGACAAGGAAGACCUUCCUCUGUGAGAACUACCAGUUUGAUGCCACUGAUGCCAUGAAGAUCUGGACCUUUGGUCCUGAAUCUACUGGAGCCAACCUUUUGAUUGAUGUUACCAAGGGAGUACAGUACCUUAAUGAAAUCAAGGAUUCCUGUGUCGCUGGCUUCCAGUGGGCCACCAAAGAGGGUGUGCUCUGCGACGAAAACAUGAGGGCUGUCCGCUUCAACCUCCAUGACGUUACCCUGCACGCUGAUGCCAUCCAUCGUGGUGGUGGCCAGAUCAUUCCAACGACCCGCCGUGUCUUGUACGCCUGUGUACUAACUGCGCAGCCCCGCCUCCAGGAGCCUGUGUACCUCUGUGAGAUUCAGUGCCCUGAGGCUGCUGUGGGUGGCAUCUAUGGUGUGCUGAACAGGCGACGUGGUGUUGUCUUUGAGGAGAUGCAGGUGGUGGGCACCCCUAUGUUUGUUGUCAAGGCUCAUCUUCCUGUGAACGAGUCCUUCGGUUUCACUGCUGACCUCCGCUCCAACACCGGCGGUCAGGCCUUCCCUCAGUGCGUCUUUGACCACUGGCAGGAGAUGCCCGGCAACCCCAUGGAUACAACUGGCAGCAGCAAGCCCUACCAGAUUGUUGUUGACACCAGGAAGCGGAAGGGCUUGAAAGAAGGCCUGCCUGAUCUUACCAACUACCUGGAUAAAUUGUAAUCACAUGACGUCACUCAUAUAACAUGGAUAUAUACUAUUAAGGUUUAUUUACAUUAUAUUAUGGUGAUUACAAUAAAAAAUGGGAGUUCAAAAUUUGUUUGAAAUUGUUUUUGAUGCCCAACAGUAAAGAGUAUUGUGGAUAAUCAAAGUUGUAUUAAGCAUUGGAUUUUGUUGGGUAGGGGAGUUAUGUAAGAUUUAUAUUAGCAGGAAUAUGCUAAGAUUUUUCCGAUGAUUCCUUGUGUUUUUGAAAUUUAAAUUCUACUUAUUACUUAAUCGCGGGUAUUAGUUAAGGAGAUUAAUCCCAAACCACUGUGAAAUAAGUCAUUGUUCUUGUAAAACUGGCAAAUAUUUAUCUAAAAGCCACCCUAAAAAUGAAAGCUUGUUUUCUGCCGUGAUAUUAUUGCUUUUUGCCGAAGUAAAACUGCUGUUAUGUAAUGUUAUGUUAUGUAAUUGAAUGAAAUGUUGGAUGACUUGAAUAAGCUGUGGAUGUAGCAUGAGAAAUAACCAUCUUAUGUUUUACUCCACAAAAGCAGGUGAAUAAAUAGAUGCUUCAUAAAAAUAAAUGCAUUAUAGCGAA